AUGGACGAGGAUUUACCCGAAGAGGAGGAAACUCUAAAAGGUACUCCCAGCCAGUCGAAAGCAAGAGGCGAGGAUGAUGACUACGAUGAAGAUUACGAUGCCAUCGAUGAGCAACCUUACGAGCCGGAAGAAGGUGAUAUGGAAGAAAUAGCUGAUAAAGAAGAGGAAGCUAAGAAGAUUGACGUCAAAGAGAUAUUUCCUGCAUUCGACGCUGAUAAAGUUCUCAAUUUCACUCAUCUGUUCUCAAAUCGUGGCCAAAAGAGGCGGAAAAUAAACUCCAAUAGGAAGGUUAUACAGCCACCGCACAUUCAUGUCCACUUUCAACAAGCCCCAUCUACCAAAGAGCUUUUCAAUCGUCCACUUCCACCCACUGUACCAAAACCUACGUAUAUUGAUCAUCUUGUUAGUAGAAUAUGGAACCCAAACGUCCAACGCGACUCCAAAUGGAAGAAGGAAGAGCCAUCCGGGGAAGUUAAAGACACAAAGGAGAUGACCCUAGUUGAUUUAGCUGAUUGGGAGGAUGAUAUCAAGUGGUCAGCAGGUCCUGAGGUACCUCUUCAUAUCAAGAAUGGUAUCCCAAUGAUAGCCACUUUACCACCAAAUAGUUCACUUAUGGAUGAUGACUGGACUAAAUCUAUUAUUUUCAACGAGAAGCAGAAGCCUCAACAGUCAUUUGUCAAAUUGACACUUGAUAUGAAUGAUCCAUCGUUGAUGUUUGAAGAACUAGACGAGAGCUCUCAACAACCAGCCACUAACGCUUUGACGUCAACAUCAGCCGAUCCCUUCAAUCUUUCUAACGAUCAUCUUUAUGAACAAUCAGUAACCGCACCAAAGCAUCGUAUUAGACAAACAUUUAGUCAAAUUGAUGUACAGCACGCAUACCCAGCACUGAAAUUACAAUUACCAUUCUACAAGACACGUCUUAGUAAAAACGAAGCGCGUAGUUUCCAUCGUCCAAUUUUGAUGUUUCCACUCAACGUUGAACAGAGAUUUGCUAAAGUGCGUAGUGGUAAGAAGAAGAAAGAUAAGGAGAAGAGACGUGCUGCGAAGGUUGAUGGUGGUGCUGAAUUAUUACAUACUACCAAGGAUCUAACCCUAAAAGAUGGUACAAAUUACGCUUUAUGGGAAUACUCAGAGGAAUAUCCAUCAAUUAUGUCAAAUUUCGGUAUGGGUAGUGUUCUAGUUAAUUAUUAUAGAAAGAAAGACCAACACGAUGAUCAUGUGCCAAAAUCAGAUUUUGGUGAACCUUUCGUUUUGGAUGUUGCAGAUGAAUCGCCAUUUAUGAAAUUAGGUUUUGUGGAUUCAGGUCAAACUAUACCAACACUUUACAAUAAUUUAAUAAGAGCACCACUAUUCAGACAUCAAGCCAAUCCAACUGAUUUCCUUGUUAUUAGAUCAACAUCAAGGCAUGAAACUAGUUACUUUAUAAGGGAAAUUAAGAACGUCUUCUUGGUCGGUCAAACUUAUCCAGUAUCUGCCGUACCUGGUCCACAUUCUCGUAUGAUUACGAACACAACGAAGUAUAGAUUACAAGCGAUAGCUUACAAAUUACUCAAAAGGACCAAAGGUGAGAGAUUAAUUCUUGAUCGUCUUUGGAAAUACUUCCAAGAUCAAAAUGAGAUGCAAAUGCGUCAACGUUUGAAGGAAUUUAUGGAGUAUAAUAGAAAAGGUGAACACGCUGGAUAUUGGAGGUUGAAAGCCACUGCAAAAAUACCAGAAAAUGAAGAAAUUUUGAAGUUAGUAUCACCAGAACACGUAGCGUUAUGUGAAGCAAUGCAAGUCGGUCAGCGUAGGUUGCUUGACGCUGGUUACGGUAAUGUUGAAGAUGAAAGCCAAGAUACAACGGCAGGUGAUGAGACUAAAUUAUCAAUUGAGCAGCAAUUAGCGCCUUGGAUAACAACAAAGAAUUUCGUUAACGCUACGCAAUCUAAAGCUAUGCUUAAACUCUAUGGUGAAGGUGAUCCGAGUGGACGAGGUGAAGCUUUCUCAUUUAUUAGAGUUUCCAUGAAAGAUAUUUUCUUGAGAGCUGGUGAAGAUCCAGAGAAGAUUAGAGCAGAAGUUGACAAUAGACCUAAGCAUGCUCAUAGAUAUACCGUCGCUGAACAGCAGAAGGUUUAUAAAGAAGAAAUUGCAAGAAUUUGGAAAGCUCAAUUCAAGGCGCUGUCUAAUCCAAUUGCUCCAAAGCUUGACAGAAAGGAUGAAGAGGCCUUUGCAAGUCACCAACGUGCCCAAAAGGAAGCUGAUGAAGAGAAAGAGAAAGCUAAAUCUCAACAUGGUACUAAAAUAUUGAAGAUCAGAAGAUUGGUGGUUUCCCAGAUAAACGGAAGUUGGCAAACUGAAAUGAUCGAAGACUCAGCGGUCAUAAGUGCAUAUGUACGCAAGAGACAAAUUAUUGAAGAUCAAUCAUUGGAUGUUGACAAGAUUGAACCAACUGGUGAUGAAGAAUUGGACAGACGUCGUGCAAAGAUGAUCGAAGAAAAGAUCAACCUCAUGCGUCGUAACCAAGAGCGUAGAUUACAACGUAAGAAUCAACAGUUGACUUCAGCUGGUGGAGAACCACUGCAAAUGAAGACAACGACGAAAUCAGAUACAACAAGAAAGUGUGGAAAUUGUGGACAAAUUGGGCACAUGAAAACUAAUAGAAAAUGUCCACUUUGGGCACAAUUCCAUGGUCCAAAUGCUCAACCUUCGCCUAAUGCGGCUGCACAAUUGCCAACUCCUACUGUAGCAGCUACGCCUGGUAUAGUUAGUGGAUUACCAUCGACGAUUGAUGCUAAUAACGUCGCUGGAUUCGGUACGCCACAAAAUCAAGGACCUACACCGGCAGGGGGAUCUCAACCUGGUACACCAGCUGGUGCUAACCAAUCAAAGAUCAAAUUAAAUGUUGGUGGUAAUAAGUCAUCGACUCAGUCACCGCAGCCUGCCGGAAUGCAACAACUACCUCCACAAUUCUUGCAACCACAACAGAUAUUACAAGCUCAACAAGCUCAGCAAUUUGCUCAACAGAUGGCACAACAACAGCAACAACAGCAACAAUUCGCACAACCAUUCCCAUUCCCAUUCCCGCUGCCUAAUCAAGACCAGCAACAAUCGCCACCAUCCUGA